AUGGGUUGCGGGGCAUCAAAAGUACAUGAAGAAAGUGUUGUAAAAACGACCAUUGCAUCAUCAUCACUGCCUGUUGCUUCUGCCCCAUUACCUGCUCAAAAUCAAUAUGCUUCCGAGGCCAGGGUAAAUUCGGCCGAGACUGGGCAAAAAUGUACAUCGAUAAAGUUGACCGCACCUGCAGAACUAGUAUAUGUAGCAGUUGCUCCACUUUCAAAACCAGUCAUACCCUCCAUCCCCUCCGAAAACAUCAAAGUAGAUGUGAUUAAAAUUGCCCCCGUAGCAUUUGAGAUUCCUCUUGACGAUCUAGCCAGAGCUCCUAAAAAAACAUUGAGUCAUUCUGAUGAGCCUGCGCCAGCAUCUUCCAAAUUGUCUCUUCCUAAACUAUAUAUGUCUCCCAAAGAUCUUCAAGAUAAAUUAGCCAACACAGAGGCUCGUUGGAAGGUGCGUGAAGGACUCGAUCGUCUCUUGGGUGUGGACCUUGAUAACGAAAGCGACACUCGUCGUCGUAAAAGGGGCGACAUGCCACAGCUUAUUAGUCACAAAGAGUCUGACCCAGAUGUUCUUAAGCGACGCAUCAAGGAGCGAGAGAUUGCAGCUGCUCUCAACCGUCAGCGCGAAAUCGAGAAACUGCAGGCUAAAUUGGCCCGACAGGAGCAGCAUGCUCGUCGUGUCCAAGAAAGAAAGCGGGCCAUGGGAGCCGGCUCUAACGAAGAGCUUCGUUUAUCAUGGGGCGGUGAAAAAGAACUCAACAGUAAUUAUAAUAGUAGCCAGAAACUCGAUCGUGAUUCCAGAUCUGGAUCGCUCAGGUCAUCUGAAAAGGAUAAACCUUAUAUUUCCAAAGGAGAGCAGAGUGCUAUUGGCAAAGGGUCGCACUCUUUAUCUGAAAAUAGCACUCAUGGUGGUAUAUCAACCCGAGGAAGUAGCGGUCGAAGUACAAUUACCGAUACCACUGAUGUUGGUGAAGAUAUUUCGUCAAGACAGCCUUCUGCUACUGCGCUAAAGGCUGUAAAUCAUACACUUGGCCCAUACACCAACAAUUCCACUUCUGAGAUCGUUUUGUAA